GGGCCAGGGGGCGGGUCAUGCGCACCCGCAGUAGAGGGCUGAAGGUCCUGCCAACGGCUCUCUUGGUGUCUCAACGUUCUGGUCAGCAGCUUUUUGCCGUUUCUCUCUCUCCACUUCUUGAGCGAGCAGCCAUGAGUUGGACUGUGCCUCUUGUGCGGGCCAGCCAGAGAGUGAGCUCAGUGGGAGCGAAUUUCCUGUGCCUGAAGAUGGCCCUGUGUCCCCGUCAGGCAGCGCGCAUCCCACUCAAGGGCGCCUGGCGCUUCACCUCCGUGAGCAAGAUGGCGACUGUGAAGAGUGAGCUUAUUGAGCGCUUCACUUCUGAGGAGCCCGUUCAUCACAGUAAGGUCUCCAUCAUAGGAACUGGAUCAGUGGGCAUGGCCUGUGCUAUCAGCAUCUUAUUAAAAGGCUUGAUCGAUGAACUUGCCCUUGUGGAUCUUGAUGAAGGCAAACUGAAGGGUGAGACGAUGGAUCUUCAACAUGGCAGCUCUUUCACGAAAAUGCCAAAUAUUGUUUGUAGCAAAGAUUACUUUGUCACCGCAAACUCCAACCUAGUGAUUGUCACAGCAGGUGCACGCCAAGAAAAGGGAGAAACGCGCCUUAAUUUAGUGCAGCGAAAUGUGGCCCUCUUCAAGUUAAUGAUUUCCAAUAUUGUCCAGCAUAGUCCCCACUGCAAACUGAUUAUUGUUUCCAAUCCAGUGGAUAUCUUAAGUUAUGUAGCUUGGAAGCUGAGCGCAUUUCCCAAAAACCGUGUUAUUGGAAGCGGCUGUAACCUGGAUACUGCUCGUUUUCGUUUCUUGAUUGGACAAAAGCUUGGUAUCCAUUCUGAAAGCUGCCAUGGAUGGAUCCUCGGAGAGCACGGAGACUCAAGUGUUCCUGUGUGGAGUGGAGUGAACAUAGCUGGUGUCCCUUUGAAGGACCUGAACUCUGAUAUAGGAACUGAUAAAGAUCCUGAGCAAUGGAAAAAUGUCCACGAAGAAGUGAUUGCUACUGCCUAUGAGAUUAUUAAAAUGAAAGGUUAUACUUCUUGGGCCAUUGGCCUAUCUGUGGCUGAUUUAACAGAAAGUAUUUUGAAGAAUCUUAGGAGAACACAUCCAGUUUCCACCAUAAUUAAGGGCCUCUAUGGAAUAGAUGAAGAAGUAUUCCUCAGUAUUCCUUGUAUCCUGGGAGAGAAUGGUAUUACCCAUCUUAUAAAGAUAAAGCUGACCCCUGAAGAAGAGGCCCGUCUGAAAAAAAGUGCAAAAACACUUUGGGAAAUUCAGAAGGAGCUCAAGAUUUAAAGUUGUCUAAAACUACCAUUCCGAAAUUAUUGAAGAGAUCACAGAUACAGGAUUAUAUAACGAAAUUUUGAAUAAACUUGAAUUCCUAAAAGAUGGAAAUAGGAAAGUAGGUAGAGUGACUUUCUUAUUUAUUUAGUCCUCCAGCUCUUUUAUUUAGCAUCCACGUGCUGGAUGAUACUUAUUUACAGUUCCUAAGUGUUUUUGGUACCUCUGAUGUAGCAGCACUUGCCUUAUUAUAUACAUGUUGUUAGCAUUUGGUUCCCAAAAAGUAGGAUGUAGGUAUUCAUUGUGUUCUAGAAAUUCUGAGUCUUUUCAUUAGAUAUAUGCUAUUUCUUUCAUUCUUGCUGUCUUACACCUAUGUUCAUUUAUAUGCUGUAAAGUAGUAGCUUCUUCUACAGUAUAAAAAUAAAAGAAUGUACAUACAAAAAAAAAUAUGCAGUAGUAUAUACAAUCUUUUGUUUUGCUUCCUUUGAUAGUCAAUAAGUUCUAUUUGUUGAAUGAAUAAAAUAUGGCAAAGCAUAUGAUUUGCUUCAUGAGAAACCGGAUCACAGACCCAAAAGCUUAAAACAGACAUUAAAAUGGA